AAAAAUGAAAUAAACACGAGAAAUAAAUUGGAUUGAAGAAAAACCAGGUCUCAAAGAUGACCAACACUCUUCAACGAAGCUCUAGGGUUGCUUUUCAUAAUGUCCGAUCAGCUCUAUUCUCUGCUUCGUCUUCAAGAUCUUUCUCAUCAGAUGCAUUGGUAGAGAUUAAGGCUGGUGAGAUCGGGAUGGUUUCCGGUAUCCCUCAAGAACAUCUCCAUAGAAGGGUUGUAAUCUACUCACCUGCUAGGAGUGCUACCCAACAAGGUUCUGGGAAAGUUGGAAAAUGGAAGAUCAAUUUCAUGUCGAACCAGAAGUGGGAAAAUCCUUUGAUGGGCUGGACAUCAACUGGGGACCCAUAUGCCAAUGUUGGCGAUGCUGCACUUAGCUUCGAAAGUGAAGAAGCUGCAAAAUUCUUUGCGGAGAAACAUGGAUGGGAGUACGUGGUUAAGAAGCACCAUACACCACUUUUGAAGGUUAAGGCUUAUGCAGACAACUUCAAGUGGAAGGGUCCUCCACCUGCUGAGGAAAAAUAAUUUGUUUGUACUCUUCUUGAUUAUUGAUAUGUGCGUGCUUUGUGUAUGAGCUUAUAGGAAUAGAGGGGCGAUUUUAACAAUACAGAACAGAACCAAAACAAAAGGGAUUGUUCUCCUUUGAAUUUGUUGUUGUUUUCGUUGUGUUUCUUUGUCCUCUGCUAAUAACGGUUAAAUCUAAUUCUUAUUCGCUCACAACAAGCUUUAAUAAAUAGAAACUGGCAGAACUUAACUCCUCUGCGAUGGAGCCUGAGUUGCCUGACUUAUGAUUUCUCUA